CUCCAUUUCCAACUCGCUCCUAACCCUAACCGCCAUAGCCCCACCUCGAAGCUCUCAAAACCCUAACCCUAGCUUUAGCCCACCCUCUCCGCUAACGCUUCACUGCGCCGGAUCUUGGCCAAGUCCUCCAUGGAUACCGGUGGCAGCAGUGAGAGCCCCACAGAACCGAAGAAUCCGAAGAGAGGCCGGCCGAAGACUUCCCAUAAGGCCAAGGAGUCUUCUCUAAAACAAAAAUCACCUGCCGAGUUCUUCGCCGAGAACAAGAACAUCGCCGGAUUCGACAAUCCGGGGAAGUCGUUGUAUACCACAGUAAGAGAACUCGUUGAGAACUCCCUGGAUUCGGCUGAGUCCAUAUCUGAGUUGCCAGUGAUUGAGAUAACAAUAGAAGAGAUCAGCAAGAGUAAGUUCAAUAUGAUGAUUGGUCUCAUUGAUCGAGAACGGGUUGAUGAAGAGCUCUAUGAUGACUUCGAGUCUGCCAAGGCUCGUGAGAAACGCCUUGCAAAAGAAGCUCGUAUUCAAGAAACUCAGGCAAAAAAGGCUGCCCUUGGGAAGAAGAUGAAGGAACCUGCUAGUGUAAAGGGUGUGAAAGGUCGAGGCGAGGCCUCGUUUUACAGGGUCACAUGCAAGGAUAAUGGAAGAGGAAUGCCACAUGAUGAGAUUCCAAAUAUGUUUGGACGAGUUCUUUCUGGCACAAAGUAUGGUUUGAAACAAACUCGGGGAAAGUUUGGGCUUGGUGCUAAAAUGGCAUUGAUUUGGUCCAAGAUGAGCACUGGAUUGCCAAUUGAAAUUGCAUCAUCUAUGAGGGGACAGAAUUUUAAAUCAUUCUGUAAACUGGAUAUUGAUAUCCACAAAAACAUUCCACAUGUUCAUUUACAUGAAAAACGAGAAAACAAGGAUAAAUGGCAUGGAGCGGAAAUUCAAGUGGUCAUUGAGGGUAACUGGACAACUUACCGUUCAAAGAUACUUCAUUACAUGCGUCAGAUGGCUGUCAUCACCCCUUAUGCUCAGUUUCUCUUCAAAUUUAUUUCAGACAUGGGGGAAAAAAAUGUGACUGUACUCUUUGCACGAAGAACUGAUGUAAUGCCCUCAGUUCCGCUUGAAACAAAGCAUCAUCCUUCUGCGGUCGAUUUACUACUUAUCAAGCGGCUUAUUUCGGAAACUUCAAAGCAGAAUCUUCUGCAGUUCCUUCAGCAUGAAUUUGUGAAAAUCAGCAAAACUUUUGCUGAACGUUUAAUUGGGGAAAUGGGUCCAGAUUUUAGUCCUACUAUGUCUGUCAAAAGUCUCACAUCCCAGCAAAUAGUUCGAAUACACCAAUUGUUUCGUCAGGCUAAAUUUGAUGAUCCGAGUGGAGAUUGUCUGAGUCCUGCAGGAGAAUAUAACCUUCGCCUAGGAAUUAUAAAGGAAUUACAGCCAGACAUGGUUGCCACUUAUGCAGGCAGCCCCCAAAUAUUUGAAGGCCAUCCAUUCAUUGUUGAAGCUGGAAUUAGCUUGGGUGGAAAGGAUGUUAAGCAAGGUCUAAAUGUUUUCCGUUUUGCAAACCGUAUACCCCUGCUAUUUGAGCAGGGUGCUGAUGUUGUGACGAGGACAGCUCUCAAGAGGAUCAAUUGGAGUAGCUACAAAAUUAAUCUUAUGCAAGAUAAAAUUGGGGUGUUUGUGAGCAUUGUGAGCACAAAGAUACCGUUCAAGGGAACUGGAAAAGAAUAUAUUGGAGAUGAUAUUACUGAAAUAUCUUUUGCUGUUAAGACUGCUAUUCAGCAGUGCUGUGUUCAGCUAAAAUCUAAGAUAGUAAAGAAACUUCAAGCUCGUGAAAGACAAGAGAGGAAGCGCAACCUAACCAGGUAUAUUCCGGAUGCUUCAAAUGCAAUAUAUGAUAUACUAGAAAAAAUUUCACAAAACAAAGAAACAAAGCGGCACUGUUAUGAGGCAGAGGACAAUGAACUUUUAGAAAAAGUGUCAUCGCAGGAGAUCACAGAAAUCAGUCUUAGAGACCGUCUAACUCAACAUGUUGAGCAGGUUGAUUACGAGAUGGCACUCGAGUAUGCAGCACAAAGUGGGGUGAGUGAGGAGCCUCGGGAGGAUAUUUAUGUCAAUUCAUUGGAUGGAUCACACAAUUACAUUGAUUUUCAGAGUCCAAUAUUUGUUUUCAGGCUAUGCAUAUAGGCCUUCUUUUUCUUUGCAUUGGAAGGCAAAUUUUCUUCCAAGCCAUCAAAUCUUGAGUGCUGUGCCGAAAGUAAAAGCUGUAAAACAUUUUUAUUUUUAUUUUCAUUUUUUAGGAAAAACUAAUAACUUGAGAAAUAUAGUGAUUUCGUCA